GUAGUGGUCACAGGUCAGAUGAUCCUUGCUACAUUGUAAAUAGACAGAAGUGAGGGGGGCCAUGCCUCUUUAAAUCACCUCUAGCGGAGCACUCGUUUCCAGUCGGACACGUCUAAUCCUCAGACACUCCUUCUCUGUGUAUUUCGGUCCAGUUCGGGCUGUUACGGUGUUAUUAAACCAUGUACCGGUCUCUGUACGCCUUCCGCUCUGCGGAGCCCAACUCGCUGCACUUCGCUGCCGGAGAAAGCUUCUUAAUCCUGGAGAGGAGCAACAAACACUGGUGGCUGGGCUCCCGCUGCAGCUCGGGGGAAACCGGCUACAUCCCCGCCUCAUACAUCGAAAAAGUCCAGGCUCCAGAGCAAGACGACGUUCUGCAGUCCAUCGACCGAGCCAUCGAAGGCAUCCACAACGUGGCCUUAAAGAACGGAGGCAAAUACAAUCUGGAGCAGAGGGACGUUCUGCAGAAGUUGAUCCAUCACAGAAAGGAGACGCUUGCGCGGCGGAGUUCUUCGUCCUCCGGUCACAAACAGGGUCUGACGUCUUCCAACAGUGACCUAUCGCUCAGCCACACGCCUCCUCCCCCCAACGGCCUUAACCGAGAGUAUGGCCGUCAGGGGAGCAUGCCGCUGUCAGGGAGCGUGGACAACAUGCAGGGAGAACAGGGCUUCUACCAGGUGCCUCCUCAGCCCCGACGGGCGGCUCCCAUCACCCCUCCUCCCCCGGAGAAACAGAGAAACAGCCGGCGCCCAGAGCCCGAGGUCCCGUCCAGGGUGUCCUCCCUUUCUCCUUCCCCUGCUCCCUCCCUCUCGAUCAGCACCACCUCCUUGGAGUCGGGCUCCUCCCGCUCUCUGGCCACCUCCGAUGUCAGCUUGCCCAGCAUUUCCAGCACCCCCCCUCCUCCGGUGCCCUCCCGCGUGAAGCCCCCCGCUCCCCCUCCGGACGUGCUGCCGUCUGAGCCCCCCCCACAGCCGGCGCCUGCGAGGAAAAGCCCGGCUCCUCUGCCUCCGCAGGCCGCCCCUCGGCCGCAGCCUCCCGUGGAGGAGCAGCUGGAGAGCGACUGGCCCGUCGCGCCCCCAUCGGUAGCUGAGAGCCCCCCCCGCAGCCCCACCGUCUCCGAGCCCGUUCCCAUGACUAUCGGGGCCGAGCUGAUCGAGCUGGUGCGGAAGAACACGGGCUUGAGCUACGAGCUGUCGCGCGUUGCUGUUGGCGUGGUGGUCGGCCAUCUCCAGACCGCUUUACCUCAGGCCUCCUCCGACUUGGAGCAAGUUCUCAUCUCGUUGGUGGAAAGCAAGGAUCUGAGCGCCGCGCUGCCGCAGGGCCAGGUGUGUCAUGACGAGGAGCGGCUGGAGGUGAUCUUCGGCGACCUCGCUCGCCACCGAGAUGAUUCCCAGCAGCGCAGCUGGGCGCUUCACGAGGACCACGCUCUCAUCGCCUGCUACCUGGAGGAGCUGCUGAAGAUACUGACUGAUGCGGACCCAGAGGUUUGUAAGAGGAUGUGUAAAGCCAACCACUGUGAGAAUGUGCUGUCUCUGGUUUCAUAUUAUCAGAUGGAGCAUCGCGUGUCUCUGCGCCUGCUGCUGCUGAAGGUGUUCGGGGCGAUGUGCAGCCUGGAUGCUGCUUUCAUCUCCACCCUCCUUAACUCCAUUCUCCCCAUGGAGCUGGCCAGAGACCUUCAGACUGACACGCAAGAACACCAGAAGAUGUGCUACACAGCCUUGCUUCUGACUAUGAUCUUCUCAAUGGGCGAACAGGUGCCAUAUCAUCACUAUGAACACUUGAAUGCUGACUUUGUUCGGUUCCUGCUGGGUGUGGUGGAGGACGGGCUUCCCUCUGAUCCCACGGAGCAGCUGCCUGACACCUUCCUCAACCUCCUACUGGCCUUCAACCUGCACCACACAACUCCUAGCGACAAUGUGAUUAUGAAGGAGCUGAAGAAGAAAAAUGUCAAGAUCCUGUCAGAGAAAGUGCUGCUGCUUCUGAAUAGAGGAGACGAUCCCGUGUGUAUGUUCAAACACACCCCACCUGCACCACAUGCAGUGCUUAAGUUUCUGCAGGAUGUUUUCGCCAGCAGUGAGACGGCUGAUAUCUUCUACCACACUGACAUGAUGGUGAUGAUCGACAUCGCUGUCCGGCAAAUAUCUGACCUUUCACCGGGAGACAAGUUGCGGAUGGAGUAUCUCUCCCUCAUGCACUCCAUAAUGCGCUCGACGGACUACCUCGAGCACCAGCACCGCCUGUGCGACCUUCAGGGGGCGCUGCAGGGGAUUCUCAGGGAGGAGGAAGAUCCAGGAGAGGAUGAAGGGAGUGCUACAGCAAAACAGAUGGAUAAGCUAAUUGUACAGCAAAUCUACAAGGAGUUCCCACAGAUCUGUGAUAACCAGGACUAACAGUAUCAGCAUUCUGCUCACACACUGUAGUCUGCUCCCAUCUAGUGCAGGGAGCUACAAUAAAGCUUGAGAAAAGUAGAACUGACGUUUGAUGGGAUGCCUAGAGUGUUCUGUGCCAGUGUGUACUGACAAAAAAACAGUUUGCCAGUGUUUUGUUGGACUCAUAGUUCAGGGCUUUUCACACAUUUCCUUAUUUAAAAGAGCGCUGCUUAAUAAUAAGCAUGUGUUUUUUAAAGAGGAGGAAAUAUGAGUUUAGUCAUACUUGUAGAUUAAGAAUAGUCAACUGACAGUAUCUUAACCUAAUUAAAAUUCUAAGCAAUAAUCAAAGAUCAUACACUAAAGUAUUUUUUCAAUCAACGUAACAAGAACCAGGAUUAAAUUUUAUUGCAAUCAAAAUAGUAGAACCAAAUAGAUCAUUUUGAUGAAAAGGCAGGUUUGAAUAAUUUGUGUUACCAUAACGGUGCCAAGGUGUGAAGUGGCGUGCGAGGAUUUCAAGUCUGUGUGUUUCCCUAAUAGUGGGACCAAACUACUGUGUGUUACUGAGAGUAUUGUUUUCAUCAUAUAGUACAGUACUUCACAUCUACAGUUACAUCUAAUCUAGCAGAGCAAGUGAACUGUCAUUGUGAGACAAAGCAAGGACUGACGUAUGUUGUCAUUUCUAAGCUUUUCGGUGACUAACUUGCUGCUAAAUAUCAAGACUCUGGUGUGGCUCUGUCUGCUGUUUUAUUUAUCCUAAUGACGACCACUCUCUGCUUACAUAUGCAAAUCUUUUCAAGCAUCUAAAGAAGCUACUGACAGAUGAGAUGAGUUGGUUGCACUGCUGAAGGGUUUUUCUCCAUAUGCUGCGUUCACAGCCAACCUAACUCUGCUGCAUUAAGGCUUUAUAACAACUUGCUGUAUAAUAAUGAGUCUUGGCUGAUGUGAUAGUAAAUGUUCUGCAAUUAUCAUCUGAAAUAAUACCAUUAUAUUACAUAACAUAUGAUAUUACAUUUGUUAAUUGAUGUUGUUGUUUUCCCGUUCUAACACUCCUAUAACGAGGAAGGGGGCAUUUCUUUUAUCUCACCAUGGUCUUAUACUGUAACAAUCGUUCCUUGUUUCUUCUUCAUGCUGUUGUAAUUGUUGUUGUUCUCCCAAACGUAUCUGUUGACAUGGGUUCUCUGGAAAUCUCUCUGAGGUAUUAGACACAAUUCAGAAUUUAUAUCAGAUUUGUCUGUUUACAGUAUGUGUGAGAGGAAGUGAUAUGAACAUGUCCUUGUGAUGAACGCUAUCUGCUAAUGUGCCCUACCUGUGUGUAAUAAUAAAACUAAUAAAGCUAUAUUUUAACAGUAAAA